GUACUAAAAAGAAACUAGGAAUGUCACAGACAGAAACAUUACAACAAAUGAUAAGUAACGGACACAGGCACUCAUUGAAUAUUAUAUUUACAGGAAGACAAUUUUUUAUUAUAGAUAUUUAAAACGUCGAGUGCCUGUGGUAACGGAGCACCAAGCCUUGUUCACCCACGACAAAAUGGGGAAGAGUCGGGAUUUUUUGCCACAGACAAUCUUGGUGUUUUCCAUAUACAGUGCGUGUUUAAUCUGCAGUAGUGACGCUUUGGGAGAAGCAUGCGGCAGUAACUUACUGGGGACUCAGCUGUACUGUGGGUCCCAGUAUCAUUGCUGUGACACAGUAACACAGAGCUGUUGUGCGGACGGAUACGUCUGCACGGGAACAAUCUGCAUCAGCAUUGUUGCGAUUGUCUUACCUUGUGUCAUCGCCAUAGUCGUAAUUGUUGCUAUUAUCUCCACCAUUAUCAUCGUCAAGAACAGUAAGGUUCGUAAAGGGAAAGUGAUUAGUCCAGAACCACCAAAGCCUCCGUCCUACGCCGACGCCAUGAAGGAAAAAGCCACGUCAACCAGUGUAUCGGAUCAUAACGGAGAGUAACACCGGAUACGGAAAACCGGAUCCAAUCCCAUCAAAAAGCAUUUGGGAGGGGGCUGUGCUAUUUUAUCUUGUAUAUCAUUCAUUUGUUACGAGACUAUGUUACUUAGGUAUCACUAGCUCUCUCCACUCCAGGAGACACAUAUGGUCGCAACACUCUCCAAACCACUCUGUCUCUUGCAACCAUCUUGACCUCAUUCCAACUUCUCCAUCCUACACUCCUUUCUGCUUCCACUGUCCUUCUCUGGGUUAUUGUCAAUCUCCCGCUGUGCCCUUUUCUUUAAUGGUGUACACCCUAGCGCCGUCUCACAGUCAUUGUUAUCUUCCCUCCGUAGUAUAUGUCCUAUCAUCAGAUAAUGUAUUUGCAUCACAACCGUUUUAAUGCGUGACAUUUGUCAGAAAUGAUAAAAUGUCCAUGUUCUAGUUGUCAUUUAUUUCUUUUACUGAUCAUAAGAUUGAAAAUCACCCUAAUGCCGAAUGAUUAUUUACAUUUCAGUAAAAAUAUAUGUACAAUCAAUGGAAAAACAUAACCCAAAAAUUGAAAUAAAAUAAACCAUUUUAUUUUCUGGGUUGGUUUUUUUUUUUGGGGGGGGGGUUGUUAUUGAUACAAUUUAUUAAUGACUGGUUUACAUAGCUGCAUGUUUGAUCAAAUGACAGAAAGUCCCAUGUAAACGCAGCAAAGUCCUACUUCAUUUGAUGCGUCCAAAACACGACUUUGAAAAUGCUGUAUUUACUUUGAAUUCUCUAUUAUUUGGUCAAACAGCAAUGUAAAUUGGUCAUUGAUACAUGAAAGGUUGUGGUAGAUACGGGUUUUUAGCAAUUUUAAAACAUUUACAAAUAGUUUUAAAACAUUUUAUAACAAUUUUUUUGGGGUAUCCUACACUGUAUCACAACAGCAGGGUGAUGGUAGGGACCAAGGCUCAAAUAUACAAGCACAUCAAAAUGAUAAUUUUUUCCCUCAAUGACUCGAGCGAAGAAGGCAUGCGCAGAUGAAGCGGUUCAGAAUUUAUUGAUGACUGACUGAGGAAAGAGUAAGCCCAGUAAGAGGAUGUGUUAACCUAUUAUACUGCGUAAUAUAUCAAUGAUCAAGGCAAUCUGUUGAACAAGGCAAUCUAUUGAACAAGGCACUCUGUUGAACAAUGCAAUGAGUGACAGAGGCAAGUAAUGAUAAACGUCAGCUUUUAGAUCCUAUGGCACUACCGAUCCCCUUAUCAAACUUUAUAACAAUUUCCAACACAAACCAUUAGACAGCGAUAUACCUGGGCGAUAGCAGGAGUCGGACACGGGAGGCAUGACCAAGCUACAUCCACAUGGAUGUCCACUCUCAAAGAGAAUAUAGGUGAUGUACAAUACCUCCUCGGCUCCUGGCCGUGGUUUCCGCUUCUGUCUGAAUACCGGGUAUUUAGCUACAUGCGCAAACACAUGUAUCACAUGGAACUGAGGAUGCAACGACUAUUCAAUGCACAGGCACUUCUAUCGCUUGAGACCUAAUUACUAUAUAUAAGAAUACUCUUAUAUAUAGUAAUUAGACCUCAAGCGAUAUAAGUGCCUGUGAUUCAAUGGGCCAACUUUUGUUGUCAGACACUGGUACUUUGAUUUUUGUUGUCAGACACUGGUACUUUGAUUAUUGUUGUCAGACACUGGUACUUUGAUUAUUGUUGUCAGACACUGGUACUUUGAUUAUUGUUGUCAGACACUGGUAAGUCUUGUUCUCGUGGAAGGAGCCAUUCCAGCAAGUCGGACAAAAUUAAAAUUUGCAACAUAUUAUACCUUUCUGUGACCUUAACCUUCACAUGUGACCUUGUAAACCUACAGAAAUAUACUACGCAUAUACAUGUAUCCACUUGCAUUUUCACUGGGUCAAUGUGAUAUCCGUAACUGGAGUUACGAGAACAUCCCUAGGUGGAUGACACUGACAUGGCUGAACAUUAUUACUAUUGUUAAGGUGGAUGACACUGACAUGGCUGAACAUUAUUACCAUUGUUAAUUUCGUAGCAAUAAAGGAUUAUUUUUUUGUGUUUCGUGCUUUAAAUAAUUGAUGUGCUACUAGAUAAAAAAAAUAAACUACAGAGACAUUG